UUUUUUUUCUUUUUGUUUUUCACAUUUUCUUCUAAGCCAAAUUCUAGGGCUUAGCUCUGAAUAUCUUCUGAUAUAGAAAUUAAAAGUUAAAACUUGAAACUACCCUCUCUUUCUCUCUCUUUUUCAGAUCUGCUCUUCUUUUUCACUUUUGAAUAAAUAAACAAUUCUAGAUUCUGGCCCGCUAUUGGCUGAAUGAUGGGGCACGGCCACCAUUCUUGUUGCAACAAGCAGAAGGUGAAGAGAGGGCUAUGGUCACCCGAGGAAGAUGAGAAACUUAUAAACUACGUUACAACCUAUGGCCAUGGUUGUUGGAGCUCAGUCCCUAAACUUGCUGGCCUUCAAAGAUGCGGGAAGAGUUGUAGAUUAAGAUGGAUAAAUUACCUCAGACCUGAUUUGAAACGUGGGAGUUUCUCCCCACAAGAAGCAGCUCUCAUCAUUGAACUCCAUAGUAUUCUAGGCAACAGAUGGGCACAGAUAGCCAAACAUCUACCAGGAAGAACAGAUAAUGAGGUGAAGAACUUUUGGAAUUCAAGUAUCAAAAAGAAGUUUAUCUCCCAUGAGGUUCCUGCUUUAGCCUCUUUCGCCGAUGUUCAUAAUUUUAAACCUCCAGAUGAAGCAGUUGAUUUCGUCUCUCUAAAUGUAAACCCUAGUUUGAUCCUUAGUGAUCAACGGGACCAGCUCUAUCUUUCCCCACCACUGCUACAGAGCUUUGCUCAACAUCAUGCAGAUUUCAAGUCAAACCCAAGCGGUGACAACGUCGAUUUGAUUCACCAUCAUUUCCCGUUAACCCCAAUGCUCCCACCACCCCUUUCAAGUGCAUCUUCCUUGGACCCUUCAUGGCCAUUGCCCUUCAUUACAUCUCAACAUGAUCUUGAUCAUCACCAAGAUAAAAAACAUCACGUCCCGGUUUUCAGUAAUGAAGUAGUUCAUGAUAUUUUCAACGAGAAGCUUAUGAACUCAACCGCUGCCAUAAAUCUUUAUGAUCAUCCAUUAAUGGCUGCCCAAACAGUGCCCAAACUCUGUGAAAUCCUUGAAGGGAACCUGUACAACAUGCCACUAACUUCUGUUUCAUUGGAAAACAUCGACCCGUUAGGCUCGAGGCUCUCGACAUGUUUGCCUAUAUCUGCUGGUUCAUCCUAUGCGCAUGACAUGGUCGUGGCAACCAACCAGAUGGAGUUUAUUGAUACCAUCAUUACAUCAAUGCCAUCAGCAUCAUCGUCCUCUUCGUCAUCCUUAUCAGCUUUAUCCAGUGGGCAAUAUAUCACAAACCCUAAUCUUCCAUCAGGCGGUUGGGACCCUUAGGCACGACCCAUUCACAUUUUCUUACAUGAUUGGGGUUAGAUUUAGCUAGGUACUCCGUCUGCGGGUUCACUAUACAACAGCAAUUAUUUUCCUCAAAUAUUAUAUGCACAGAUAUAUAUAUUUAUGUAUAUUGUAGGGUUCCUUUUCGACCAAAAAAAAUAUUGUAGGGUUCUUAUAUGUGAGAGAAAAAUAUUAACCUAAAUGUUACUAUUUCAGACAUGCAGUAUGAAUAAUGCCAGAUGAUGUUCCAUAAAUAAAUUUAGGUUCUAAAUUUCACGUA